CCACUGGGCUGUUUCUCCGGGUUCAGGGCCCUCCCUGCGCACGGCUGAGGGAGUCGAUUCUACUGCAGGGUCCAUUCUGCGGGUUUCCGCAGAGCCCUGGGGGAGCCGAGCUGGACUCCCGGGCCAGAUCCGGGCCAGGCCGGCGCCGGAAGGGUUAACACCCCCAGCUCAGCAGCACCAGGAACCGGCUGCACCUGCCUGGCCCGGGGCCCAGCCAGCUCCACCUGCGGCAGGUGUGGCCCGGCCAGGAAGCAGCAGCCCGGCCCUGGCCGCUGCCCCAGUCCCCCGUGCCCGGCCCGGCUGGCCCCAUGGAGCUGCCCGCGGUGCCCCAGUCCUGGCGCUACUGGCUGCUGCUGGGCUCCUAUGGGCUCUUCCUGCUGCUGGGCACCGCCGUCUUCGUGGGCGUCGAGGCGCCGCAGGAGGCCGGGCUCCGGGAGGCGCUGCGGAGCGCCAGGGCCGGCUUCGUGCGCCAGCACCAGAGCUGCCUGUCGGAGCCCGGCCUGGAGCGGCUGCUGGAGCGGGUGCUGGACGCCGAUAGCUACGGGAUCUCCGCGCUGGGCAACGUCUCCGACGACGAGAACUGGGACUUCAGCUCCGCGCUGUUCUUCUCCGCCAGUGUCCUCACCACCACGGGCUAUGGCCAUACGGUGCCCCUGUCGGAUGGGGGGAAGGUUUUCUGCAUCUUCUACACCCUGCUGGGACUCCCAGCCACCCUGCUCCUGGCCACUUGUCUCCUGCAGCGACUCAUGGGGCUGCUGAGCCACCGGCCCGUUCAGUAUCUUCACACCCACUGGGGCAUCUCUCCAGGCCAUGCAGCGCUGGGACACGCAGCUGCCAUGGGACUGAGUGUACUGGGUCUUUUUAUCCUGCUGCCAGCCCUCUGCUUCUGGGCCCUGGAGAACGGCUGGACCUUCCUGGAGUCCGUCUACUUCUGCUUCAUCUCACUCAGCACCAUUGGGCUUGGGGACUACGUGCCAGGUCGUGGCAGCCCCUCCUCGCUGCGCCAUCUCUACAAAAUCAGCAUCACCUGUUAUCUUCUCCUGGGGCUCCUGGCCAUGCUGCUGGCCCUGGAGACCAUCUAUGAGCUGCGCGAGAUCCGCAGUCUUGUCCGAUUCUUCGCCCCCCCACGGGCCCCUGCCUCCCCCUCCAGUGAGGACGAUGACCGGCUGGAGAUCCUGAGCUGUGACCAGCUGGGCCUGGCUACUGUCUGCGGGGCCACCACCUCUGGGAGCCAAGCGGACAGCGAGGCAGAUGGGAGAGCGGCACCCCAUGAUGGCCCCUCUGGGUAACCCCCACGGACAAUGUGUUGUGUCCCCCCCACGCACACCUCCUU